CGGAAGUGUUCUUAUUAAAAUAACAACAUCGUCCACGUUGAUCUGUGACAGACGAUCAUGAGAUGACAGCUCAUAUUUGAGAAGAAUGGGACAGACUGGAAGCGCGAACCCCGCUCCCGUUCCUGGGGGACCAGGAGAGGCAAACGAUGGACCGUCGUGGUGGUGUAAGCUCGUCGCCAAAGGGGCAGGAGUAGCGGCCGGCUUGUCGGCACUUAUCAUUGGAGUAAUGAAUUGCUUUACAUUUACGCCAAUAUGUUUGGCAGCAGCUGUUAUAUUGAUGAUGAUUGGGUGCAUGCUGAUAGCCCUGGAGGCACCGUGCUGCUGCCCUUUCCUGGACUUCAUUCAGCCGCUGGGACGCUGGUCCGAUGCUAGGCCACAUCUUCAGAAAGCUAUACUAUAUGGCGUAUGUGCGGUAGUUCCGAUUGCCCUAUGUUUUACCCUGACGCAGCUGUUGUCGUGUGCUCUCAUUAUGGCCACUGCUGUCUUCUAUGGCUUGAUGGCACUAGGCAAGAAAGGUGACCGAAAUGAGAUGGCUGUGCGGGCGAGGACAACUAGCGACACCGAGAUGAAAGCCACAUUGAUUAACAAUAUGGACAUAGAGGCUGACCAGAAGUGAUAGACAUGUGUAGACAGGACUCAAUAGUAUCUCAGUCUGUGCCAAAACCCUACUAGCCCAAACUCAUUUAUUGGCGACAUUUUAAAUAGCUUUCCACAUGUUCCAUGGCCUCAUGGCUCCAGGCAAGAAGUAGAAGAGUCUCUGGCAACAACUUUUUGAGUCUUCUAGCCUGAACUUGUGUCUCUACAUCAUUUUCUGACAAUGGUAAUUUUAAUAUAUGGGCUACUGUGAGCUGAACUACUCGGGCUUCAGACUAGUGGUUCAAGUUGCAGACUGGUAUCUGUGGAUAGUUGCAGAUCAUAGAUGGGUAGUUGCAGAUCACAGAUGGAUAGUUACAGAUCACAGACUGAUAGUUGCAGAUCACAGAUGGUUAGUUACAGAUCAUGGAUGGAUAGUUGCAGACCACAGAUGGAUAGUUGCAGAUCACGGAUGGAUAGUUGCAGAUCAGAGAUGGUUAGUUACAGAUCAUGGAAGGAUAGUUGCAGAUCACAGACUGAUAGUUGCAGAUCACAGAUGGAUAGUUGCAGAUGACAGAUGGAUAGUUGCAGAUCACAGAUGGAUAGUUGCAGAUCACAGAUGGAUAGUUGUAGAUCACACAUUGCUGUGAAACAUUUGCACCGGAACUGACAGACAGUUGGUGUGAGAUACCAGCAGAUGGGUAGUUGCAGACAAAUGGUUGGCUGGAGUACUGCCAUGUGGAGUCCCUCAUAUUCUCCAUGUAACAUUCCAACAUGCGUGCAACAGGAUCAAGAGUUUUCUCAAACUUGCAACUAAUGUUAUCAGUAGAUUGCCCUACAGUGAUUGGUGGCUAUCCCUGUUUUCCUUACUCAGUGUUCACAAUUGAGGGGUUCCUGGGGUCCUUGAAGUUGCUCCUAUGGUACCUGAAUCUAGUGACCCCUAAUCUUAAUCUUAUAAUGAGGGACCUGAAUCUAGUGACCCCCUAAUCUUAACCUUAUAAUGAGGGACCUGAAUCUCAUGAUCUAGGAACCCCCCAAUCCUAAUCUUUUAACGAGGGACCUGAAUCUAGUGACCCCCUAAUCUUAACCUUAUAAUGAGGGACCUGAAUCUAGUGACCCCCUAAUCUUAACCUUAUAAUGAGGGACCUGAAUCUAGUGACCCCCUAAUCUUAACCUUAUAACGAGGGACCUGAAUCUAGUGACCCCCUAAUCUUAACCUUAUAACGAGGGGCCUGAAUCUAGGAACCCCCUAAUCUUAAUCUUUUAACGAGGGACCUGAAUCUAGUGACCCCCUAAUCUUAACCUUAUAACGAGGGGCCUGAAUCUAGGAACCCCCUAAUCUUAAUCUUUUAACGAGGGACCUGAAUCUAGUGACCCCCUAAUCUUAACCUUAUAACGAGGGGCCUGAAUCUAGGAACACCCUAAUCUUAAUCUUUUAACGAGGGACCUGAAUCUAGUGACCCCCUAAUCUUAACCUUAUAACGAGGGGCCUGAAUCUAGUGACCCCCUAAUCUUACCCUUAUAACCAGGUACGGGAAUCAAGGGACCCCUAAUGUUAACCUUAUAACAAGGGACCUGAACCUGAGGACCCCUAAUCUUAAUCUCAUAAGCAGGUUCCUGAAUCUAGGGACCCCUAAUGUUAACCUUAUAACCAGGUACGUGAAUCUAGUGACCCCCUAAUCUUAACCUUAUAACCAGGUACUUGAAUCUAGUGACCCCUAAUCUUAAUCUUUUAACGAGGGGCCUGAAUCUAGUGACCCCCUAAUCUUAACCUUAUAACCAGGUACGUAAAUCAAGGGACCCCUAAUCUUAACCUUAUAACGAGGGACCUGAAUCUAGUGACCCCCUAAUCUUAACCUUAUAACCAGGUACUUGAAUCUAGUGACCCCCUAAUCUUAACCUUAUAACGAGGGACCUGAAUCUAGUGACCCCCUUAUCUUAACCUUAUAACCAGGUACUUGAAUCUAGUGACCCCCUAAUCUUAACCUUAUAACAAGGGACCUGAACCUGAGGACCCCUAAUCUUAACCUUAUAACCAGGUAAGUGAAUCUAGUGACCCCCUAAUCUUAACCUUAUAACCAGGUACUUGAAUCUAGUGACCCCCUAAUCUUAACCUUAUAACAAGGGAACUGAACCUGAGGACCCCUAAUCUUAAUCUCAUAAGCAGGUUCCUGAAUCUAGGGACCCCCUAAUCUUUACCUUUUAACAUUUAUGGCAUGGACCCCUCAACUUAAUUUUAAACACUGCUUACUUCAUACAUAACAUGAACACAGGUGGAGAAUUGUCUCCGGAAUGGCAUCUAAUAUACAGGAUAGAUAUAUGUACUUUCUGUGGUAAAGCUGUAAUCUGUGGGAUAAUAACUAGUUAAGAUUAUCCAGUAAUUGCAGUUUUUCUGACAUUAUCUCCCAUGUUACUUCUAUAGGCUACUAGAUAUUUUAGCCAUCAAUGGAACAAUCUUAUUUAAAAUCAGAUGUUUGUUCUUGCUACCGCUACACAAAGAUCUGAGAACAUCCCAUUACAGGUCACGUGAGAAUGACCUUUUGCAAACUUUAACUGACCAAUGAAAUUACUAACAAGAAGUCGAAAUUAUUCGAUCAGAAAGCAGCUUUAUGGCACCAGUUUCAUACUGGUGACUCCCUUUCCAGAACAAUAUAAUAUUAAACACAUGUUAAAUGAAUCAAAAAUAUUUUCACAAAGUUUGCCAUUCAAAAUAUGAAAGCUGAACAAAAGAAAACUCUGGAUUUUCCCAUAGGUGGCCAAGAUUAUAUGGCAGUACUUGCCAUGGGCUAUGGAUAGUCUCUACUGUGUCAGAAUUUCCCGUUUCAAUCAUUUCGAGGUUGCAUGAUUAAAAAACACUUUCCAAUUGUCAUUUUCCCACAAGGGGUAAGCGAUGCUGUUUGGUCGGAUGAAAGGUGUACUGACAUGACCCGUAAUGGGAUGUCCUCAGACCUUUGUUUUGUGAUAGCGAAAAUGAAGAUCUCAUUUUAAUGAGAUGGUCACUGAAACUUAAUCGAUGUUAUUCUCUGCAUGAUGCAUUGCUAUUACUGAUGUAGCUUCUGUAACAGUGACUAAAAAUUGUUAUCAGCUGGUUGUCAUGGUCAUAGAGCAAUUCCAUACUUUUGUCUUUCACAGAUAGUCAGACUAGCAUCAAGACCUUGCUGCACGUGGCUAUCAUGGCAAUAGUUUUAUCAUUUCUUGUUAAUUGUAGAUUUUAAUUAUUAUUUAUAUUUCCUGAUCAUGCAUUGAUUGUGAGUCUGGCUUUUGACAGGAUUUCCUGAUCAUGCAUUGAUUGUGAGUCUGGCUUUUGACAGGAUUUCCUGAUCAUGCAUUGAUUGUGAGUCUGGCUUUUGACAGGAUUUCCUGAUCAUGCAUUGAUUGUGAGUCUGGCUUUUGACAGGAUUUCCUGAUCAUGCAUAGAUUGUGAGUCUGGCUUUUAACAGGAUUUCCUGAUCAUGCAUUGAUUGUGAGUCUGGCUUUUGACGGGAUUUCCUGAUCAUGCAUUGAUUGUGGGUCUGGCUUUUGACAGGAUUUCCUGAUCAUGCAUUGAUUGUAAGUCUGGCUUUUGACAGGAUUUCCUGAUCAUGCAUUGAUUGUGAGUCUGGCUUUUGACAGGAUUUCCUGAUCAUGCAUUGAUUGUAAGUCUGGCUUUUGACAGGAUUUCCUGAUCAUGCAUUGAUUGUGAGUCUGGCUUUUGACGGGAUUUCCUGAUCAUGCAUUGAUUGUGAGUCUGGCUUUUGACAGGAUUUCCUGAUCAUGCAUUGAUUGUGAGUCUGGCUUUUGACAGGAUUUCCUGAUCAUGCAUUGAUUGUGGGUCUGGCUUUUGACAGGAUUUCCUGAUCAUGCAUUGAUUGUGAGUCUGGCUUUUGACAGGAUUUCCUGAUCAUGCAUUGAUUGUGGGUCUGGCUUUUGACAGGAUUUCCUGAUCAUGCAUUGAUUAUGAGUCUGGCUUUUGACAGGAUUUCCUGAUCAUGCAUUGAUUGUGAGUCUGGCUUUUGACAGGAUUUCCUGAUCAUGCAUUGAUUGUGGGUCUGGCUUUUGACAGGAUUUCCUGAUCAUGCAUUGAUUGUGAGUCUGGCUUUUGACAGGAUUUCCUGAUCAUGCAUUGAUUGUGAGUCUGGAUUUUGACAGGAUUUUCCUGCUGUAUCAUGUUUUCACUUCAGUAUUGUGCAGUGAUCGAAUUAUUCAUCAUUUAUUCAUCAUUUAUUCAUCACUGUCUUUGUCAUGUUUAUUAUGAGUAAUGUUAUAGGUUGAUCUUUAUGGUAUAGAUCAUGAAAUGAAAUUUGGAGCUUGAUUCUUUACACUAGUUGAAUACUGUAUGAUUGUAAUAUUGUUUUGUUGAAACAGAUGAGAACAUCUCAUGGGUAUUAUUAAAUGCUGAGCAUUGCAGAUCCAGGCUAAUGUAUUGACACACAGUCUGCUCACUAUUAUUUUGUGUUCUGAUCGGACUGUCACUGUGCAUGUCAUGAAAUGUGUAUCUCAGUAGUUUGGUGGAGAAAGUAAUCCAAUUCUUUACACCAAUUUUUAUGAUUCUCGCAGCUAUUAUAGAGGACCAACCAAAACAUUAGUUCAACUAACAGUGGCUUGAAGGUCUUUGUCCAAGUGGUGAAUAUGAUGUAUUACGAUUCAUUGUCUAUGAAACACGAUUUGCUGUACCAAAACUUGAUGCUUGUCGUAUGAAGGCACUAUUACAAUGUUGAGGGAUAGACUACAACCACAACCAAACAUGUUUAGUGAACUUGAGUCCGUCAUGCUUGUGGUCGUUUGAAAACCCCUUUACAUGAUCCAAAAAUAAUGAGUUAUCAUCCAUGCUAAUCAUGGCAUACCCAUAUGCUUAUAUACAUCCAUACAUACAUGAUACUCUUCGUGAGACAGGGGCACGGGUCGUCUAAGGUGCCGCAAUUCGCUGUGCAGAGUUGCGUCCCUUGGGCUAGCCAGAAACCUUUUAUUGUGGGUUUGAAUCCUGG